AUGUCACUACUAGCAUUCAAGAAUAUGAUCAUUGAUGACCCUUUCAAGAUCAUGGACUCCUGGAAUGAAACUAUACAUUUUUGUGACUGGCCUGGGGUUUCAUGUGGUCGACGUCAUCCCCGAGUUACAGUUUUAAAUCUUACUUCUCUGAAAUUGAGGGGUUCUCUGUCACCAAGCAUUGGUAAUCUGAGCUUUCUUUAUGUCCUUAAGCUCCAAAAUAAUAGUUUUUCAGGUGAAAUUCCAUCAGAGAUUGGCUACUUACAUAAGUUAAAGUUUUUACGCCUUGAUAAUAACUCGUUCACUGGUCAUAUUCCAUCAAACAUUUCAGGAUGCUUCAAUCUUGUUUCUGUUGUUCUUUCGUAUAAUAUGAUGGUAGGCAAAAUUCCAGCAGAAUUAGGCACAUUGUUGAAACUCAAACAACUUUCUCUUGUUUCUAACUAUUUUACAGGAGGAAUUCCGCCUUCAUUUGGUAAUCUUUCUUUACUUGAUACCUUUUCCGCAAGCAAGAAUAAUUUGUUAGGGAAAAUACCUGAUGAAUUAUGUCAAUUGCUCAACUUAAAGUACUUUGUAGUGAAUGAGAACAACUUGAGUGGUACCCUGCCUCCUUGUCUUUUCAAUCUUUCCUCUAUCGUGGCCAUAGAUGUUGGAACAAACCAUUUAGAAGGAAAAUUGCCUCCAUUGCUUGGUAUUACUCUUCCUAAUUUAGAGUUCCUUAGCAUCUAUAGAAACAAUGUAACUGGAAAUAUUCCGGUAACAUUGUCAAAUGCUACGAAUCUUCAGUCUCUUAUUGCUAGUAGAAAUGGACUCACAGGAAAAGUACCACCCCUUGGAAAUUUGCUGAAAAUGCGGAGAUUUUUAGUUGCUUUCAAUUAUCUUGGGAAGGGGGAGGAUGAUGACCUUACCUUUCUCACCACAUUGGUGAAUGCCACCAGCUUGGAGCUUUUGGAGCUCAAUACAAAUAAUUUUGGUGGAGUCUUCUUACCUGCAUCUGUUAGUAAUCUUUCGACUGAGAUUAUAGAGCUUUCGUUGUCUUAUAAUCAGAUUUCUGGAGAAAUCCCAAGAGGGAUAUCCAAUCUCAAGAAGCUUCAGGCUUUCUUUGUAGCUUACAACAGAUUUCACGGUGAAAUUCCGUCUGAAAUUGGUGAUCUGAUAUAUUUGCAAGAGCUGGCUUUACUUGGAAAUCAGUUCUCUGGCAAAAUUCCAAUCUCAUUGGGAAAUUUAGCUUCUUUAACCAAACUCAAUUUAAGAGAAAACAAUCUCCAGGGGAGAAUUCCUUCCAGUUUAGGCAAAUGCCACAAUUUGGAACUGUUGGAUCUUGGUUCAAAUAACCUUACUGGGUUCAUACCAUCAGAAAUUCUUGAACUCUCAUCCUUGUCGGAGGGCGUGGACCUAUCUCAGAACCAAUUAACUGGUUUCCUUCCGAUGGAAAUUGGGAAGUUGAGAAAUCUAGGCUACUUAAACCUGUCUGAUAACAAGUUGCAGGGCCAGAUUCCUACCAGUAUAGGUACUUGUGUGAAACUUGAAGCACUAGACUUAAACAACAACAACUUUCAGGGUAGUAUUCCUUCAACCAUGAAUAGUUUGCGAGGCCUGGAACUUUUAGUCCUUUCUCACAACAAUCUGUCAGGUGGAAUCCCGGGAUUCUUGAAGGACUUCAAAUUUCUGCAGAUUUUAAAUCUGUCUAGCAAUAAUUUGGAAGGUGCUGUCCCAACAGGAGGCAUCUUUAGUAAUGCUACUGUGGUUUCCAUCAUAGGAAAUAGAAAUCUCUGUGGGGGUGUACCAGAGUUGGACCUUCCGGCUUGCAUUGUAGAGGUAAAGAAAGAAAGGAAAUCAGGUUUUCCCUUGAAAAUAGUAAUUCCUGUAGUUAGUGGGCUUAUAGGAUUGACAUUCAUAGUUUGUUUUCUCGGCAUACGACAGUUUAGUAGAUCGAGAAAACCAACACCUACAGAUAUACCUGAAAACUCAACCUUAAGAGUAUCUUAUCAGUGUCUACUUAGGGAAACUGAUAGAUUUUCUGCAUCAAAUUUGCUUGGAGUGGGUGCUUUUGGGUCUGUAUAUAAAGGAAUUUCUGAACACAAUGGUACGUUUUUUGCUGUUAAGGUACUGGACCUUUCACACCAUGCAGCUUCCAGGAGUUUUUUAGCUGAAUGUGAGGUUCUAAAGAACAUUAGACAUCGUAAUCUUGUAAAGGUUCUAAGUGCAUGCUCAGGUAUUGAUUAUGAAGGUAAUGAGUUCAAGGCCAUAGUUUAUGAAUACAUGGAUAAGGGAAGUCUACAGGACUGGUUACAUUUCACUACUCAGGAGAAAUCUGAGUCACAGGAAGAGCACAAGAAGCUCGGUUUUAUUCAAAGAUUAAACAUUGCCAUUGAUGUUGCCUGUGCUCUGGAUUAUCUCCAUAAUGAUUGCCAAACCCCAAUAAUUCACCGUGAUCUGAAGCCAAGCAAUAUUCUUCUCGAUGAGAACAUGACUGCACAUGUUGGUGAUUUUGGUUUGGCAAGAUUUGUUCCACCAGCAAUUCCGAACUCAUCAGCAAAUUCAAAAAGCUCUACAGGUGUAGGGGGAACUAUUGGUUAUACACCUCCAGAAUUAGGUAUGGGAAGCGACGCCUCAAUCUAUGGAGAUGUAUACAGCUUUGGCAUUCUGCUCUUGGAAAUAUUUACCGGGAGGAAACCAACUGAUGAAAUGUUCAAAGACAAUUUAAACCUUCAUAACUAUGCCAAUGCUGCUUUGCCAGACAGAGUAAUGCAUAUUGCAGAUCCCAUUCUUCUCCAGGAAAGAGAUGAACUUGGAAUGAAAUACAAAGUUGAUGACAAUACAAGCAGUGCUGGCGACAUAUUUCUGUCAUUCUUAGUUAAGGUGAUUCAAAUCGGAGUUUCCUGCUCCGUUGAAUCUCCAAAAGAAAGAAAGCAGAUCAGUGAUGUCGUUGGAGAACUCAAUUCAUUAAGGAAGUUGUUCUUGGAGCAAGCAUACCCGAAAGAAAAGAUGAGUGCAGAGACCCAAAUCACCGCAUUGAGCACAGAUUCUUCACAGCUAACCCAGGAAUGGAAUGCACCAGCCGGGAAUCGAACCCGGGUCUGUACCGUGGCAGGAACUUACUCUAGUGCCAAGAAAAUUUGGAAAGCAUUGCAGAGUAAGUAUAAAGAGGUUGAAGCGAAAAAAUAUGAGGCUAGUAGAUUUUUUCGUUCUCAAAUAGUGGACAACAAAUCAGUUGUAGACCAAGCUCAAGACUUCAUAAUGAUUGUUGGAGAGCUCAGAAAACGUGAUUCUACACCUCAGGCAAACGUUACUGAAGAACCUUUUGUGGCGGUAAUUACCGACAUAAACAUGGUUGAGAAUGUUGAUAGAUGGUGGCGGCGCUAUUUGUUGGAAAUCAAAAGGCAAACACUAAUUGCUAACUCUACUAUGGAGGUUGAACUAAUUGCAUUAGCUUCAGCUCGUGAGGAAGUGAAUUGA